AUGGCCCACUCCAAACGCAACACCUCCCUCCCACACUUCACCUCCUACGAGCGCGGCCUCCUACGCGCAUCAUGGGGCACACAACGCGGCGUCAUCGGCCGCGACUCGUUCCUCCCCUUCGCCUCGUGCCGACUGUGUCUGCACCCGGCGCGCGCCCCCGUCGUCGCGUGCGCCACGAACGGCGACCUCUUCUGUCGCGAAUGCGCCAUCAACGACCUCCUCGCGCAACGGCAGGAGAUCAAACGACUCGAGAAGCAGCGCGACGACGCGAAGAAACGGCUAGCGGAGGACGAGGAGCGCACGCUUGAGGAGGCCAAAGAGCGCGAUCUGCGAGACUUCGAACUUGUUAGUAUGGGCCUGGAGGCGGGGAAGAAGGGCCCUGGGACGGGGACGGAGAGAGAUAAAGAUGGGGCGGGGAAGAAGAGGAAGGCAGAGGAGGCGGAGCGGGCGGUUGCUGCGUUCAAGGCGCGCGAGGUCGAGGUGGAUGGAAAGCGGAAGAAGGUGUUCGAGUUGGAUGAGAAGGAGAUGGCGAGGGUUGCGAGGGAGGAACAGGAGCGGUUGAAGGAGGAGUUGAAGAAAGAGAAGUCGGAAACGAGUAAAUCGGCAUUGCCCUCCUUCUGGGUUCCCUCGUUAACGCCGACGACGGAUCCCAACGAAAUCGCCGCCAAUAAAGCCGUCAAACUGACCCCGAUCUGUCCGGCGUCGACGGACUCCAACCGCCACGCCUAUUCGCUCAAGUCGCUGGUCGACGUGCACUUCACGGAAGAGAAAACGGACGACGGCACGUUAGCCCGUGUAUGUCCGAGCUGCAAGAAGACGCUUACGAAUGGAUUGAAGGCGAUGCUAACGAAACCCUGCGGUCAUGUUAUUUGUCAACCGUGCGUCACGAAAUUCAUGACACCUCACGAUGCGCCGGAUCCCCAUGCUACGAAGGAAGAACAGGAGCAGACUGCCGCGCUUCAUGGGCGGAUUCUUUGCUACGUCUGUGAAACGGACGUCACGGAAUCGAAAGGGAAAGACGAAUCCGGGACGGGGAAGAAGAAGAAGAAAGAUAAGGAAGGCAUCCGCCCUGGUUUGGUGGAGGUGAGCUCGGAGGGAACGGGUUUUGCUGGGCGUGGAGGAAACGUUGCAACCAAGACGGGCGUUGCGUUCCAAUGUUGA